AUGAGCGCGCCUUCCCAAAUCCCCACCCCGGCCCAUACGCUCGCGGAUUCAAUGUUGUCGCGGCGUUUUGGCAAAGAGACGGUGAACUAUUUCUCCAGCUCUCCCAUCAACCGGCUAUCAUUCCUGCGCUCCGAGCACCCGUUCCUCUCCUCGGCCCUGAAGCACCCCUCCACUCGGUUCGUCCUGCUGAACAACCUCGCCCCGCUCACCCGAUCACCCUCCGAACCAUACUACGCCAAGUACGAUGAAGUGCGCAAGCUCGUGGCGCCGGAAUUUUUCGAGCCGUCCGAAGAGGACAUGGUCAAGGCUUUUGACUCUCGCAAGACGAACCCGAACCUGAUCUUCCUCGGUCUGGACGAGAGUCGCAAGGAGGGUGGUAUGGCGUGGAAGAUCUAUCAGGGCACGCCAUAUUUUGCCCUCGAUGUUACGGCCAAGGGCUCGGAGGCGCAGCAGAGUGCCGCGAAGGAUGUCGUCAGUGCAAUGGAGGACAAGGGCCUGUCUUUCUUCCAGACUCGGGUUAUCACCACAUUCACCCCGGACGACGCUGCCAUUUAUGCACAGGCGCGGGCUUUGAUGGACUGGAACAACCGGAACACCUUCUGCGGCACUUGCGGUAAUCCAACGCUAUCAGUGAACGCAGGAACCAAGCGUGCCUGUCCCCCCACCGAUGCGGCUCGUGAAGCCCAGGGCCAGUCGACAGAGCGUCCAGCCUGUAGCACCCGUACAACAAUCUCCAACCUGUCUUUCCCCCGCACUGAUCCCACGAUUAUCGUCGCAGUUGUCUCUCAUGACAACAAGCGGGUCCUGCUCGGCCGGUCUAAGCGAUUCCCCCCGAAUUGGUACUCAACUUUGGCUGGAUUUAUUGAACCGGCAGAGUCGAUUGAGGAUGCUGUGCGGAGAGAGGUCUGGGAAGAGGCUGGUGUGACGUUGUCCCGGGUUGUCAUCCACUCUUCGCAGCCAUGGCCCUACCCUGCUAACCUGAUGAUCGGUGCCAUUGCGCAGGUGAGCGAACCUGCUCAUGAGAAUAUCAAUCUUGAACAUGAUCCCGAGCUGGAGGAUGCGAGGUGGUUCAAGGUGGAAGAAGUGGAGGAGGCCUUGCGCAUUGGCACGAGUGACUUGAGUGCUGGUGCUGGUCCAGAGUAUAAGGGUGGCUUGAGACUGCCUCCUCCCACUGCCAUUGCCAAUCAGUUGAUCCGAUCUGCAGUCGAUGCGGAUUACUUUCGCGGUGGUGAUAAGUGCUCCCUCUAG